AUAUGUCGUCACAGCAAUCACAUUUUCCGGCAGCCACCAUGUCUCCGCCAUCUAUGGCAGCCGUAUACGAUAAAUUCGGCCCCAUAGACACCGUCAUUAGAUUGACUGAAAUUCCACCUGUGGAAAUCAGUGAGAAAGAUGUGUGCGUUAAAAUGCUGGCAGCUCCAAUCAACCCUGCAGAUAUCAAUAGAAUUGAAGGAGUAUAUCCAAAUGGGCCAGCACUACCAGCAGUGGGUGGAGGGGAGGGGGUGGGUGAGGUACAUUCUGUUGGCUCUGCUGUUAAGGCCUUUUCUCCUGGUGAUUUGGUUAUCCGUUCUCCAUUUGUUCCUGGGGCAUGGCAAACCUACAUAGCGGAAGAAGAAGGUUUUUGGCACAAAAUACAUAAAAACACUCCAGUUGAAUUUGCUGCCACUGUUUCUGUUAAUCCAGUCAGUGCCUUGAGAAUGCUCAAUGAGUUUGUCACUUUAAAACCUGGAGACUCGAUUGUGCAAAAUGGAGCUACAAGCAUAGUGGGGCAAUGUGUUAUUCAACUAGCUCGACUUAAUGGAAUUCAUAGCAUUAAUAUUAUACGAGAUAAACCUGAAUCUGAUGAAGUUAAAGAAAAACUUAUCAAACUUGGUGCUGAUAAAGUGUUUACCGAAAGUGAGUUGGAUGUUCAACGUAUCAAAACUCUCCUGGGGGAUACACCGCAACCUAUUUUGGGUUUGAAUUGUGUUGGUGGCAAUGCUGCUACUUUGGUGGUCAAAUUCUUGAAGCAAGGUGGUACUAUGGUUACAUAUGGAGGAAUGUCGAAAGAACCCGUUACUGUUUCAACUUCAAAUUUUAUAUUCAAGGAUAUUACAUUGAAAGGAUUCUGGCUGCAAGAGUGGAAAUUAGACAAAACAAUAUACAGGGACUGGAUCGAUUAUCUCUUGGACCUUACUCGUGCUGGUUUAUUAAAAUAUGAGUUUGAGACAGUAUCUUUUGAAGAUUUUCAUACUGCUCUUGAGAAGGCAAUGGGAAAGCAUGGAAGUCAAAAGAAACAAGUUCUUAUAUUCUAAAGUCAAGGGCAAUGUCGUAAUUGCAUUGGUCAUUAUGCUUAUUAAUAAUUAGUAACUAAAUAUUAUUCCUUCUAAAUCUCACAUGUUGA